CCCCCUCCCCACCAUCCCCUUUCUUCCUCCUUUCUGUGUGGGACCAAAAAGAGACAUUCUGCUUCCCAAAGAAGCUGGUGGAGAGGGAUCUCUUUCAAGGAGAGGCAGGAUGGCGAGCAGAUUGUGGCUGGUGGCUUGUGUGCUGGCUCUGAUUCUGGAUGUUGCGGCUCCUCAGGACACGGUGUGCCAAGCAGCCGCUGGCAGAGAUGGGCACCCAGGGACUCCAGGCAGGGCUGGGCGCCCAGGACAGAAAGGAGAUCUUGGAGAACCAGGGAGGGCAUCAAGGAGCACAGGCAUACAGGGACCCAAAGGUGAGCCAGGGCAGCCAGGCCCACCAGGCAUGCCAGGUAACCAGGGCUACCGAGGCCCCGAUGGCCCCCCAGGCCCUCCUGGCGAAGAAGGAGACAAAGGCCAGAAGGGGCAAGUUGGCGACAGCACGAAGCAGCCCCGAGCCGCUUUCUCAGCCUCUCUGAAGAACCACCAGCCUAUUGGCAACGUAGUGGUAUUUGACAAUGUCAUCACCAACCAGGACGAUGGUUACGACCUCCAGAUGGGCAAAUUUACCUGCAAGGAUGCUGGGUAUUACUACUUCUCUUUCCAGGUGAUUUCCAAUGGCAACCUGUGCCUUCGCCUCAUGCACCAAGGCAACCAAGUAGCCACCUUCUGUGACAACAACAAGCAAGGCCUCCUGCAGGUCAACUCAGGAGGGAGUGUCCUGUACCUGGCUAAGGGUGAGAGCGUAUGGCUGGAAACUGACCCGCAGGGUGGGAACAACAUCAAUGUCAGCAGCGAUGCAGACAGCGUGUUCAGUGGCUUCUUGCUUUUCCCGUCAGGCGCCUGAGGGACAGCGAGGAAGACAAAGCCACCCCUUCUUCCCCAAACCCACCUCCCUCUUGCUACAACCACAAGGAUGCUUUUUCAUGAUCAAUGUAACUGCAUAUGUAGAUAUCUGCUUCCUGGGGAUUGGGGGAGAAAGCCACAGAGUUUGAAAUUUGAGGGAAAGCCACCCAAUUCACACACACACACACCAAUACGGAAGCUCAGUUAGCCUCUGAAAUUUGCAAUCCAGCAGAUUUUGCUUUGCCAUUCCCUGAAAAGAAACUGCCCCAAACAGCAUAAUGGGAAUUGUGCACACAAGUGAAAAUGAUGUAGACAAUAGCAUUAUAAUGGGAAAACUUUGCUUGCAAAAAGGGGUAUAUUUAGCAAAGCUGAACGCGAAAAGGUGUAUAUUAGGAGAACUGAACACCAUUAGUGGAAAUUAGUGAAAGUAAUGUACGCAACUGCAUUAUAUUAGGAUACAUGUGCUUGCAAAAAUGGGCAUAUCCAAAGGAAUGUACACCAAAAUGUGUACAAACCUUCAUGAGGACUUUUUGAUGUUGAUUUCUUAAAGUUUGCAAUCUGUGGGGAAAGGGGGUGAAUGGAACGUACGUAUGGAAAAAUGAGAAAGUGGGGGAAAUUAAAACAGAUUUAUCCAUUGCUAGCCUGCUUCUGCAUUCCAAUACAUUGAGAUUCCCACCUUCCUUCCAUCAUGGCAUCCAAAGUGGUCAAAGAGGUGGCUCCAAACAGGUCUCCCAUCCCAUCCCAACCCAACCCAUCCCAGCACUGACCAGACCCAGACCUGCUCAGCUUCAGCAAAGUGAUGACCUCAUUUGUUCCCAGACUACACAGCCUGGGACAUUCAGUCUUGUUCCUACUUGGCAAUGAAUAAAUAUUCAGAAUUUUGAAA